UACCAGCUUGAUAGAGGCUAGGCACACCCGACUCCGCCCCCUGACCAGGCUCCGUUUUCGUUUCACCUCAUAUUUGUUGUGUUUACGUUACACGUUCUUUUCCGCUUCCGCCGUAUUAGCAGACUGACGAUGGCGACCAACAUCUCCAAGAAAAGGAAGUUUGUGGCUGAUGGCGUGUUCAAGGCCGAAUUGAACGAGUUCUUGACCCGGGAGUUGGCAGAGGAUGGUUACUCUGGUGUGGAGGUGCGUCCCACCCCGACCCGCACGGAAAUCAUCAUCACGGCCACCCGCACCCAGAACGUGCUGGGUGAGAAGGGACGCCGCAUUCGCGAGCUGACCUCGGUCGUGCAAAAGCGCUUCAACUUCCCCGAGAACACCGUGGAGCUGUACGCCGAGAAGGUGGCCACUCGCGGUCUGUGCGCCAUCGCUCAAGCCGAGUCCCUCCGAUACAAGUUGAUCGGUGGCUUGGCUGUUCGAAGGGCUUGUUAUGGUGUGCUCCGGUUCAUCAUGGAGUCGGGCGCCAAGGGUUGCGAGGUGGUUGUCUCUGGUAAGCUCCGUGGUCAGCGUGCCAAGGCUAUGAAGUUCGUCGACGGUCUGAUGAUUCACUCCGGCGACCCUUGCAACGACUACGUAGAUGCGGCUUGCCGUCACGUGCUCCUCCGACAGGGUGUGUUGGGCAUCAAGGUCAAAAUCAUGUUGCCCCAUGAUCCCAAUGGCAAGAUGGGACCCCGUAAGCCCCUGCCCGAUCACGUGUCCAUCGUGGAGCCCAAGGAAGAAGUGUUGCCCGCCAGUCCCUUCUCCGAGGCAAAGCUGCAGAAGCCCGAUGCCGCCAGCGUGCCCAUGUGAAAGAAAAAUAAUCUUCUUGUUUGUCUACUAUGGGAGAAUUAAACGUGAUUUAAUUACUCUGA